CAUUUUCCCACGUUGAAUCCAUCUGGAAAUAUUUGGCGCAUAAAACUUAUAAAAUAUGGCUCAUUUUGAAGCCCCAGAUAUCCAGGAUAAUACCACUGGUUGGGGUCCUAGUGAAGUACCAGAGCAAUUCAAAGAUAUGCCAUAUCAGCCUUACUCUAAAGGAGAUAGGCUUGGAAAAAUAUCUGAUUGGACUGGAGGAACCAACCAGGACCGAAGAUAUUUGAAUAAAUAUGCCUCCCAGUUUGGUGCAGGAGGAGGCCAGUAUGCCUACUAUCAUGAUGAAGAUGAGAGUACCUUCCAGUUGGUAGACACAUCCAAGGUCCAGAAGCCCAUUUACCAGAGAACUAGACGAUUUAACCAGAAUAAACUUCGUAGGGAUCGUGAAAGACGACAGCAACAACAAGCCAAUAUGCAAGUGUUGUCUAAAACUCAGAAAAGUAGAGAAAGGGAUAGACAAAGACAGCUCCGUAAAUGGCAGAAAACAUUUGGUCGCAAUAUGUACACAAAGCAGCAGCAGACACCCGUGAAGCACCGUGACGCAUCAGUGCAGAUCAAGACUAAUUGGGAUGUUAAAGAAGAGAUGGAUUUCCCAAGACUCUCCAAACUCUCCCUCCCCAAUGUAGAUGAGCCUGAAGAUUUGUUGAAAUGUGGAUCUUUAGAAUUCUAUGAGAAGAAUUAUGAUCGUGUGACGACCAAGAAUGAGAAGCGCUUGAGGAGAAUCAAUCGAAUCUUCCAUAAGGUCACCACCACUGAUGACCCUGUCAUAAGAAGGCUGGCCAAGACUGAGGGUAAUGUGUUUGCUACAGACACUAUCCUUGCAACCCUCAUGUGCUGUACUAGGUCUACAUAUUCCUGGGAUAUUGUUGUUCAAAGGGUAGCCGAUAAAUUGUUCUUUGAUAAGAGAGAUGACUCAGAAUUUGAUUUAUUAACUGUGAGUGAAACUGCGACUGAACCACCACAAGAUGAGGGUAAUAGCAUCAACUCCCCUCGUAAUCUGGCACUGGAAGCUACCUUUAUCAACCAUAACUACUCUCAACAAGUCCUGAAGAUGGGAGAGGAGCAGCUCGACUUUGAUGAGAAGAAUCCAUUUGUUCAACCAGAAGAUGAUGGUGAAGUUGCGUCUGUAGGAUAUAGGUAUAGAAAAUGGAAACUGGGCAAUGACAUAGAGCUUGUGUGUCGUACAGAACACGAUGGUGUGAUGUAUGGCCCCAAUGGAGAACAGCAAUUCCUCAAUAUUAAGGCACUUAAUGAAUGGGACCCCAAGUUAUCUGGAGGUGUUGAUUGGAGGGCUAAGCUUGACAACCAAAGGGGAGCUGUCUUGGCAACCGAGUUGAAAAAUAAUAGCUGUAAACUGGCAAAGUGGACCUGUUGUUCACUGCUGGCUGGCUCUGACCAGCUCAAGUUUGGGUACAUUUCAAGAGUGCACUUUAAGGAUACAUCUAAACAUGUGAUUCUGGGCACCCAGCAAUUCAAACCCACCGAGUUUGCCAACCAAAUUAACUUGAGUAUGGAUAAUGGAUGGGGAAUCCUGCGCUGUAUUAUUGAUGUCUGCCGGAAACUCUCUGAAGGAAAAUAUCUCAUCAUGAAAGAUCCAAUGAAGCCUGUGUUGCGUAUCUAUGUGAUUCCUGAUGAUACAUUUGAGAGCAGUGAUGAUGAUGAAGACGAUGACAGUGAAGAUGAUGAUGAUGAUGUGGAUAAAUAGAAGACAAAACAACUAGGUAAUUGCUAUCAAUUGGGACACUAAUCAAUCUAUGGAACU